UCCGCAGUGUUAUGCAGAAAUACCUUGAGGAAAGGGGUGAAUUAACCUUUGACAAGAUCUUUCAUCAGAGAAUUGGAUUUUUGCUUUUCAAAGACUAUUGCAUGAACGAGAUUGAUGAAGCUGUCCCUCAACUGAAGUUUUAUGAAGAGAUAAAAGAAUACGAGAAACUGGAUUCCGAGGAUGAGCGUCUGACCCGCAGUCGGCAGAUUUACGACACGUACAUCAUGAAGGAGCUCCUGUCCUGUUCACACCCUUUCUCAAAACAAGCUGUAGAUCACGUACAAAUGCAUUUAGCCAAGAAACAAGUGCCAGCCAGCCUUUUCCAGCCAUAUAUAGAAGAAAUCUGUGAUAGUCUCCGAGGAAAAAUAUUUCAAAAAUUUAUGGAAAGCGACAAGUUCACUAGAUUUUGUCAAUGGAAAAACGUAGAACUAAAUAUUCAUCUGACUAUGAAUGAUUUUAGUGUACAUAGAAUAAUAGGAAGAGGGGGAUUCGGUGAAGUGUACGGUUGCAGAAAAGCAGACACUGGAAAAAUGUAUGCAAUGAAAUGUUUAGAUAAGAAGAGAAUCAAGAUGAAGCAAGGAGAAACAUUAGCCUUAAAUGAAAGAAUUAUGCUGUCUCUUGUCAGUACAGGAGACUGUCCUUUUAUAGUGUGUAUGACCUAUGCCUUCCACACCCCUGACAAACUCUGUUUCAUUCUGGACCUGAUGAAUGGAGGAGAUUUGCACUACCACCUCUCCCAGCAUGGAGUGUUUUCUGAAAAAGAAAUGAGGUUUUAUGCUACUGAGAUCAUCCUGGGUUUAGAACACAUGCACAAUCGCUUUGUUGUGUACAGAGACCUAAAGCCUGCAAACAUCUUGUUGGAUGAACACGGGCAUGUGAGGAUAUCAGACCUUGGGCUGGCUUGUGAUUUUUCCAAAAAGAAGCCACAUGCUAGCGUAGGUACCCACGGCUACAUGGCUCCCGAGGUGCUCCAGAAGGGAACAGCCUACGACAGCAGUGCAGACUGGUUCUCCUUAGGCUGCAUGCUUUUCAAACUGCUACGAGGUCACAGUCCUUUCAGACAGCACAAAACCAAAGAUAAGCAUGAGAUCGACCGGAUGACGCUCACCGUGAAUGUGGAGCUACCAGAUUCGUUUUCUCCUGAGCUGAAGUCCCUCUUGGAAGGGCUCCUGCAGCGGGAUGUUAGCAAGAGGCUCGGAUGCCAAGGAAGAAGUGCACAAGAAGUAAAAGAACAUCCUUUCUUCAAAGGCAUUGAUUGGCAGCAGGUCUAUUUACAAAAGUAUCCUCCACCGUUGAUUCCUCCUCGGGGAGAAGUAAAUGCAGCAGAUGCUUUUGAUAUUGGGUCGUUUGACGAAGAGGACACUAAAGGCAUUAAGUUGCUUGAUAGUGACCAGGAGUUAUAUAAGAACUUCCCUCUGGUAAUAUCGGAGCGUUGGCAGCAAGAAGUAGCAGAAACUGUUUAUGAUGCAGUAAAUGCAGACACAGAUAAAAUUGAGGCCAGAAAAAGGGCUAAAAAUAAGCAGCUUGGCCACGAGGAAGAUUACGCGCUGGGGAAGGAUUGCAUCAUGCACGGCUACAUGCUGAAAUUGGGGAACCCCUUCCUGACCCAGUGGCAACGUCGUUACUUUUACCUCUUCCCAAACCGACUCGAGUGGCGAGGAGAAGGCGAGUCCCGGGACCUCUGGACUAUUUAUACAAAAAAACGUAAACUGCAAAACCUACUGACAAUGGAACAAAUAGUAUCUGUUGAAGAAACACAAAUUAAAGAUAAGAAAUGCAUCUUGCUGAGAAUUAAAGGAGGAAAACAGUUUGUCCUACAGUGUGAGAGUGACCCAGAAUUUGUUCAGUGGAAAAAAGAGCUGACGGAAGCUUUUACUGAGGCACAGAGGUUGCUGCGUCGGGCCCCAAAGUUUCUCAAUAAAUCUCGCUCCACGGUUGUAGAGCUUUCAAAACCCCCGCUCAGCCACAGGAAUAGCAACGGCCUGUAGGAGCAAGAGGAAACAAAGUUCACUUAGGGAAAGCGACUUGGUGAACGUGCUGAGUUUCACAGAAUCCUUACGAAUUACUUUGUGCCAUCCUGGACGCGGGAUGUGCUUAGAAGAGGAAGAAUUAGAUGUUUACAGCGUGGGAUAACGUCAGAACUCUGUCUCUGGAGGUUGCGAAGACUCGAACACUGGCAAGUGAAUUCAUGCUCCCAGCAGUGGUGGAAAUGACCAAGCGGAGAGGCUGCAGAUUGCUCCCACGCAUCCCACCCACCCACCCACCCCGGCGGCGUCUCGAUCG